AUAUCCCUUUGUUCAAAACAAUACAUCACCCAACUAAUUCAACAAUUAAUUAAAUGCCAUUUGUUCUCUUGUUGUCAACUGCUUCUUCGUGAUGACGAUGAUGAUGAUGAUGAUGAUGAUGAUGGUGCUCCCUCCACUACAUUCUUUUCUCUUUCAUCAUUCAGAUUCAGACAGAGAAAGAAAGAAGAGAGAGAGAGAGAGAGAGAAAGAGAGAGAGGAAGAAGAUGAAGGUUUCUUCAUCUUCGUUCAUCUUCCGCUUCGUCGUUCUUCAUCUUCUCACUCUCUCUGCCAUAGUUAGCGCUCAGCAACCUUCGGAUUCCUGCAGUUCGACGCUACCUCUCAACGAUCUCUCGUUCAAUGCGAGCCUCCUCCAGUGCGCCGAAGUGUGGAGUCUCCAAAACUACAUCCUCCGUUACUCGAGAACCGAUGCGAACACAUGGAGCUUCGUCCUCUCGGCGCCGGAUUCGAACUCGUUCAUCGCGAUCGGGUUCUCGACGAACGGUCAAAUGAUCGGAUCGAGCGCCGUCGUGGGAUGGAUUCCGUCCGGCGGCAGAGGAGAGGUGAAGCAGUACUUUCUCGGCGGGAAAACGCCGGACCAGGUGGUGGUUGACCAGGGAGAACUGACGAUCGUGAACGGAUCGAUGAAGAUUGAGUCCGUGUCGUCGCGCCUGUACCUGAGUUUCCAGUUGACAACGGCGGAGCAGCCGCGGACGCAGGUUCUGUACGCGCUCGGACGCGCCGGAGCUUUCCCAUCUUCGCCGGAUUACAGCUUGACGGAGCACCGGACGAUGAUCUCAACGUCUUUGAAUUAUAUCACAGCUGUGCAAAGGGUAGUGAAAGCAAAACCACACUCAAGGCUGAGGAAGACCCACGGGUUGCUGAAUAUGUUCGGGUGGGGAAUAUUCAUCGUCAUCGGCAGCUUAGUUGCUCGUCACCUCAAGAGAUGGGACCCUAUGUGGUUCUACGCCCAUACUGCACUCCAAACCACCGGUUUUCUACUCGGUUUAACCGGUGUUAUCUGCGGUUUGGUUCUUGAAAACCGGACAAAAGCUAGUACUGUAUCCACCCACAAAGGCCUUGGUAUCACCAUUCUCGUCAUGGGUUGCCUCCAGGUGAUGGCGUUGUUGGCUCGACCGGAUAAGCAAUCGAAAUACAGGAGAUAUUGGAAUUGGUAUCACCACAACGUAGGAAGAAUUCUGAUAAUAUUGGCAAUAGCAAAUGUCUUCUACGGUAUCCAUUUGGGCAAAGCCGGAAGCGCUUGGAACGGUGGUUACGGUUUUGUCGUCGCCGUCUUGUUUCUUGUUGCUGUCGGCUUGGAAGUCAGGAAGUUCAUGCAAAAGUAAAAAAAAAAAAACGUAAAGGAUUUUUUUUUAAAUUUUCUCAUCAUCAUAUUAUUAUUGUUGUUAGUUUUGUAAUGAAACUGAGUGCCUGAUUUUUUAUUGUACGUUUGGAUUACUAUGUUUUUUGGUAGAGUAAUAUAAUUUCGUGAUUUUUUU